CUGUUCGCCAGCUUACACCCUAUUGUUCGGCUCCCCUGGCUCGUUUUAUUGCCGCAUUCGAAAAGCGUUACGCUGACCUCCCGGACGACACACAAGACUCCUCGUUCUCUCCACCCAUCACUCUUCGUCUGCUGAAGCACCUGUUCGGGCAGACAGAGGAGAAGGAGGAGGAGGGAGAUGGUACCACCAACAUUGCCAAGAAUAUUUGGGUGGACCAGGAAGAUCUAGUGGAU